GCAGAUACGUCACCCACACGCGUCACUGGUCUGACUCCACCGUCGAGCUGCGUGUUUAGCUGCGUGUUUACCUGCUUGAUCUCUAACAAUGGCGUCCAGACGACGGGCGGGUGACAGCCUGAAAACUGACAAGAAGAAGAAAAGGAAGAACAAGACGAGGUGUGAGGAAGCAGCUGAGCUCUGUUCGCUCGUAGAAGACGAGCAGGUGAAGAAGAGCGCGCAGGAGGCGUGGAGCCAGAGGACUUGCCACAGACACGGAGACCUGGAGUUGGACUGCCACCCUUUCCCUCACUGCAUCAUCAAGAACUUCCUUGCCAGCGAGAGCUUCGUGGAGAGCUUGCAAAGAGAACUGAUGGAUCUCAACUUCCAUGAGAAGUCAAAUGAUCUAUACAAAUUUAAACAGUCAGACGACUUGAAGAAGAGAACAGAGCCACAUAUCUCGGGGCUGAGAGCAGCACUGUUUGGGCGUUUCCGCUCCUGGCUUGGAGAAGUGUUGCAGGUUGAACUGGAGCCCAUAGUGGAUAUUUCUUGUGCCAAAUAUGAAUACACAGACGUCCUUUUGUGUCACGAUGAUGAAUUGGAGGGGAGGCGUGUUGCUUUCAUUCUGUAUCUCGUGCCUCCGUGGCAGAGCAGUGACGGGGGAACCCUCGAUCUCUACACAACAGACAGUAAUUUCCAACCGCAGAGUAUAGUGAAGUCACUUGUACCCUCUUUGAACACGCUCAUACUUUUUGAAGUUUCUCCAGUCUCCUUUCACCAAGUGUCAGAGGUUUUGACGCAGGACAAGUGUCGUUUGUCUCUGAGCGGCUGGUUUCACGGGCCGCCAUUGGGGCGGCCUCCUCGCCACAGAGAGCCCGCUGUCUUACGAAGCCCACACUUACCAAGAGAUGAAACAUUGCUGCUGGAGUGGGUCAACCCAGCGUACAUGGACUUAUCCUACCAAGAGCAGAUUCAGCAGGAAUUUGAGGACAGCUCUGAAAUUCAGCUCAAAGAUUUUCUCAAGGAAGAGAAGUUCAGGGAGGUGAAAGAAGCACUGCGACUCACCCAGAUCGAGUGGGCAAAGAGGGGACCUCCUAACAAGAGAUGCUACGAAGUGGCCUCCCUGGGUACACUGCCCCAGUGUGUGAGUGCAUGUUGGGAGCUGCUUUCUUCAGAAGCUUUCUUCCUGCUUCUCUCCAACUUCACCGGCCUUCGAUUGCAUUACCUGUGUCCUGCUGAUGAUGAUGACGCUGAAGAAGAAGAGAGCGAGGAUGUACGGAACGCAGAAGCCACAGGGUCUUUGACGGAAUCCCCAUCAGCAAAUGGGAGCGGAGAGAAAGAGCUGAGCACACCUGUGCAUUGUGGAGAACUGCGUCGAUGGUCUCAUGGCGGCUACACUCUGUUGCACGAUGCAGAAGCAGCACGUGCAGAGUACGCUUUGGACCUCGUUUUACCUUUUUGUGGUGCGGACUGGCAGUCAGAGUUUGGGGGUUUUACUUGUUAUGUUGCUAAUGAAGAGGAUGAGGAGCUGCUGACAGUGUAUCCGGAGGAUAAUUCUCUCGCCCUCGUCUACAGAGACAAAGAAACCCUAAAAUUUGUUAAACAUGUCAACCACAAAAGCUUGUCUGAUUCUGCUAACGCUAACAGUUCUACCCGCGGCGCAUUUUAUGACUUUUCUUUUGUGUAUUAUGAAUAAAUAUUUCUAUCCAUAUAA